AAUAGUUGCAUUGCUGGACAUGUUGGGGCAUCUAUUUCACAAAACUUGAUAGGUAUUGGCUAAAGCAGUGGGAUUUGUUUGGCAUGCCUCAAACCCCAGAUUCAACCAACUCUUUGAUUUGUGUGUUUUAGAGAGAGAAACCCAAAAGAAUCUUAAAUUCUUCUCUAUACACUUCUCCAUUAUUUUAUUCUUUUUUCUGCCCUAUAUACUGAUGCAGAAUGUGAACCCAAACUCUUAAUAAUUUUUCUCUCAUACCAAACAACAAUUAUAUCUGUCUGCUCCAUAAAUAGACUAGCUGCUGGUAAGAGAGAGAAACACUUUCUCUCUCUAGAUUUGGUGCAAUUUCCUUCUGGGUGUUCUUGAAAUCUUCUUCAUCUUCACUUCAUAAUAUAGCUUUUAAUUUUGAUCAUCUUCUCAAACUUUUGGCAACUCUUACAGGGGAUUUGUAAACUGUACUCUAGUUAGUAGAAGGACUAUAUAAUAAUAUCAUCAGAGAAUUUUGAAAUGUGAUCAAAAUGCAUUUCUUAGCAUAAGUUAUUUAGAAGAAUUAAAGCAAGGACGGAGCUAAAAAUACUGAAAAACAAGCUUUAUUUACAAACACGCACAAUCUAUAAUGGAGAAAUUAAUUCUCAAGCCUUAUGACAAAGAAUCCAUGAGAAUGGCCAUGUUAAAACAUGAAGAAAUGUUUAAAGAACAGGUACAUGAACUUCAUAGACUAUACAGAAUCCAAAAGAUUCUUAUGAGAAGCAUUGCUGGCAGAAGGCCAAAUAAUACACAGAAUAAUCAAGAAUUAUGGAACUCAAAACAUAGCAUUAAUUUUGCACAGAAGUGUAUAAUGACACGUGGCGUAGAAACACCAGCUGAUCAAGAUUAUGCAGCAGAAUCAAGCGGUAAUGAACAUAGAGCUGUCUUAGAAAUUAUAGAUGAGAGUGAAAUUAAGCUAACAUUGGGUCCUUCAAGUUAUAAUAGUACCAGAAGGAAUAAAAAAAACCCUCAUGAGACACCAUUAACAUCAGAUUCAGGUCCUUCAAGUUUUUCUUCAUCUUCAACCGGUUCGAGUAACAUUAUAAAUAAGACGACAAUAAGUUCUUUAAUCCAUCGGAAAAUGAACGCGAAAACGGAAGAAUCUUUCGGGGUUGAUGGUGGUGAAGAAUUGAGAGAGGAGAGAUUAAAUCAGCCUCCUUGGCUUUUUCAAGUUUUGAGUCUAAAUAUGACUUGAAAUGCAAGUAAUUAACAAAUUAUUAUGAGGAGUUGAUAUGAGAUGAUUUUAGAACAUUUUCAUAUUGGCUAAAUGAUCCGUUAUUUAUGUGAUUGUAUGGAUUUUUCUGUUUAGUUUUUAGAUUAAUUAGUGGGAUUUCUUGUGUAGAGAGAUGACUUGUUAUUAUUUUCUUGCAAAAAGCAUUAAGAUCUAUAAGAUGUGGACUGCUUUUUGUUCUUAA